UGGAGCCUCCCCUAGGCAGCUGGAGCGCGGCCUCGGAAGGGCAGCGGGGCGCAGGGCAAGCCCUCUGAGUUUGGAAGAACUUGCGGCGGGGCCGGUAGUCCUGCCCGCCCGGGCAAAGGGAAAGCGGGAGCGUAGAGCAGGACGAGUGAGGGGCUAUGCAGCGCGCGGGAGCCCUCUUCGCUGGCCUGGGAAUUUGGUGGUGGCUCAGCUGGGAUCUCGUUGUCGUCUGCGAUGCUGCCAAGGGCCGCGUGCCUCGCCUUCGCCUCUCCUAUAAAGAUCUCCUGGCCACUAACCGCUCAGUCCUGUUUCUUGGUCACCGGGGAAGUUUAGACUUUCGCUCCUUGUACCUAGAUGAAUACCGUGACCGCCUAUUCAUUGGAGGAAAGGACACCCUUUACUCGCUUCGGCUAGACCAAGCCAAUAUGGAUGUCAAGGAGAUUUACUGGCCACCUCUUCCUGGGCAGAAAGAAGAAUGCUUUCGGAAAGGAAAGGACCUAGUGACGGAGUGUGCAAACUAUAUCCGAGUUCUUUAUCCUUUAAAUCGGACUCAUCUCUUAGCUUGCGGGACUGGAGCUUUUCAUCCCAUUUGUGCUCUCAUUUAUGUGGGACACAGAGGAGAGCAUGUGUUCAGCUUGGAUCCAACAAGUAUAGAAAGUGGCCGGGGCAGAUGUCCACAUGAGCCUAAUCGGGUGUUUGCAAGCACAUUUUUUG